UCUCUCAUUAACUCAAAUUGUAGCAAGUUUCCUUCAUACCCAUUGCCAUUCCCUUUGGAGCUCCAAAUUUAUUCCAUAGUCCACUUCACAACACUCAAAUGGCCACGUCAUCGGCAAUGCAGUCAAUUCUGGUGAGCCUGGUGACGACAGGCGUCGCCAAAGGGUUGGAUUCAAGUCGGAUGACUCCUCGCUGCUACAUGCCGCGCCAACAGAGGAAUUCUAGCGUGGUCGUGCGCUGCAUGGCCGAGGAUGGUCAGAAGGAGGAAGUGGGACCAGUCGCCACUGCAUCGCCGUCGUCACCCCCUCCUCCAAAGGCCAAGGUCAGCACCGAUUUCUUCGACGUGCUAGCAUUCAGUGGGCCGGCGCCGGAGAGGAUCAACGGCAGGCUAGCCAUGACAGGGUUCGUGACGGCAAUAGCCGUGGAGCUAUUCAAGGGCGAGGAUGUGUUUGCCCAGAUAUCCGACGGUGGGAUCCCGUGGUUUCUAUACACAACCGUUUUGUUAUCCGUAGCAUCAUUGGUACCCCUGUUGAGCGGGGUGACUGUGGAGUCGAAGUCAAAGGGGUUCAUGAGCUCUGAUGCUGAGCUGUGGAACGGGAGAGUUGCUAUGCUGGGUUUGGUUGGAUUGGCCCUCACCGAGUAUGUUAAAGGUGGAGCCCUUGUGUAGGUGGUCUAAUUUGUAUGGGGUUGGACUUCCUCUGUCCCGAAAAUUCAUGUGCCAGAGGUUUUUUGGCCGUUAGGUUUGUGGGAUCUUUUUUUUUUAAUGUUUUUAAUUCAACGGCCGAAAAACACCUUGGCAUAAGGAUUUUCGGCAUAGAGAACGCAAUUGAAAGGACUCGAGUAAUGGAAAACUUGCAUCCUGUUCAGAGAGUGAUUCUUGAUAUGAAAAGGCUUCGGAUACAUACACUAGGAUGUUAAGUGAACAGAAAUAUAAACAUAACAAGUUAAUUGGGUAAUUGGAUGGCUUUGAUGAAUUAAUUACGUACCUAUUGGAUCAUUUAGAAAAA